ACAGUGACUUCGCUCGAAUAGAAUUGCUGUGUUGAUUAUGAUAAUAUUAUACGAAUACUACCACUAUACCGUGGAUCGAACUCCAUGCAUGGCAUUGUCCUUCAUUAAUAAUAAAUGAGUCGGUGAGAUGCUAGGACAUCUUAUAAGGUUCAAUAAUAAAUUCAGCAUGUCAGUACCCAUUUUUUUGGUUCUCCUCUACGAACUUCAUAGCAACCAUGAGCUCCACGAUUCCUCCAGAACGACCACAAGGGAGGAGUUAACAAUAACACUAUACAUUCAAGCACAGAAUAAAUCAAUAAGAGGAGCGUUGGAGUGUUUCCAGCAUUCCUCUGAGGCAAUCAGUUGGUAUUUCUCCAUGGGUCUAAAAGCACUAGUCAGUUUAGCAGCACAGAUAAUUAGAUCAGAGGAUCCGUCAUUUGAGACGACUCCUGUAAAAAUUCUCAAUGACCCGCGAUAUAAGUCGUUCUUUAAGAACUAUAUUGGUCCCAUUGACGGUACCCGAGUUGAUGCACGACUACCGAAUCAUGGAAUGGGCACGUACAUUUGUUGGUGUGGAUCACUCACAUAAAAUGUGAUGAUUGUGUGUGACUUAAACUUGUGUUUCACAUUUUUGAUGGCCAGACGAGAAGAGAGUGCACAUGAUAGUCGGCUUUUUGCUUAUGCGACUUAAAUAAUAGACAAUGCUUCC